UAUCAUAUCCCACCUAUAGAAACCUUUACAUUGUGAAGAGGAUUGACAAUCCCAACUUUCUGUGUAUUUCUCAUAUAAUACGAAAUUGCGGAAAAUUAACCAGACAAGCAUGUUCGACUUCACCACCAUCCCGUCGACGUCCAAAGUCCUAUCAGUUUAUGCCUCUGUGGUAACCUCAAUAAUGAUUUUCCGCACCAUGGCGAACCAACUCAUACCCCACCGAACCCAAGACUACAUUUUCUCCCGCUUGCAAUACAUCUUAGCCUAUUUGAUCUCCUCCCCACAGCAGCUCAUGACCAUCGUUGUCGAUGAAGAAACUGAUUUCCAACGCAACGAAAUCUUCGAUGCCUCACAGAUCUACCUUCGCUCUAAGCUCAUCACCCACUCUUCCUCCGUGGACAGAGUCAAAGUAACCAAAACUGCAAGAGACAAGAACCUCUUGUUAGGGUUUGAGAAGGAUCAAGAGAUCAUAGAUUUCUUCCGAGGGAUUCAACUCAAAUGGAAGCUUGUUUAUGAGGAACACAAGAACGACUCAUCUAGGAAUCGCUACAACGACGAAGAGUCCCGAUGGUUUGAACUGAGUUUCGAUAAGAAACACAAAGACGUUGUGUUGUAUUCUUACUUGUCAGACGUAGUGGAGAAAUCAAAGGCGUUGAUAGAAGAAAAGAGAGUUGUGAAACUCUAUAGUCGUGGCAAAUCCAUCAACCUUGAACAUCCGGCGACUUUCGAUAAAUUGGCAAUGGAUCCAGAGCUCAAGAGGGCUUUGAUAGAUGAUUUGGAUAGGUUUGUGAAGAGAAAAGAGUUUUAUAAAAGAGUUGGGAAGGCUUGGAAACGAGGGUAUCUAUUAUAUGGUCCUCCAGGGACUGGGAAGUCCAGCUUGAUAGCUGCCAUGGCCAAUCACCUAAGAUUUGACAUCUAUGAUAUAGAGCUCACAGGUCUUCGUAAUAACUCAGGGCUCAAGGACUUGCUGGUUUGGACCACGAAUCGAUCGAUAAUUGUGAUCGAGGAUAUUGAUUGCAGUAUUGAGAUGAACGAUCGUGGCCAAAAAGAAGGUAGAUCAUCGGAUGACAAUCAGUUGUUGACCCUUUCUGGACUUCUCAACUUCAUCGAUGGUCUGUGGUCGAGUUGUGGAGAUGAACGGAUCAUAGUAUUCACAACCAAUUACAAGGAUCGACUUGACCCGGCUUUGUUGCGACCUGGCCGUAUGGACAUGCAUAUUCACAUGUCCUAUUGUACACCAUCAAGUUUCAGGCUUCUCGCUUCUAAUUACUUUGGGAUCUGUGACCAUCGACUCUUUAAGGAGAUCGAACGGUUGAUAGAGGAAGUGGAGGUGACCCCUGCAGAAGUGGCAGAAGAGCUGAUGAAGAGUGAUGAUGUGGAUGUCAACCUCCAUGGUCUGAUUAAUUUCAUCCAUAGAAAGAAUAAGGAACGUGAAGGAGUCAAAGUACACGAAAAAGUCAAUGAUGAUGAAGAAAGAGUUGAUCGCAACGAAGGUGAAGAAGGACAAAAGGAGGAAAUGCUUGAAAUGAAAACCAAGUAACGGCUUAUCGGGAAGUUGAUUAAGUUGAUUAAGAUUUUGGAUUUAGUUGUAUUGUUAGGAAAUGGAGAUAUCUACUACAUAUAUAUAUAUAUAUAUAUCCUUUUUUAGUACUUUAUUCAUAAUUUUAUGGGUAAAUCUCACUUAUGAUAUUCAACAUUUCAAGAAAUUGCACACCAUAGCCCAGUGGUAUGGCACUCCGCUCAUUUGAGAGUAUGUCCUCAUUUGAGAGUAUGUCCGAGUUUUGGUCACAUAUACCAGUAGUUGUUAUGUGUUUUCCAAGGAGUGUGGUCCAAUGGCCCCAAUUGACUCCCUUGUGAGUCUUUUCUUUA